AUGGUACCUGCACUUGUGGUUACUCCUCCUGUUGACCCCGAGCCGACUCCUCCUGCCGCUUCUCCCACUGCUGAUCAGUUUGGCCCCAUGAAGGUUGUCAAAUCGACGGACAAGGCGACCAAGGUCAAACCUCGCAACAAGGUGGUCGAUGCCUUUUUCAAUGGCGGUGGUACCUCCGAAGACCUGAUGCAAGAAAUCAAGACGUUGACCGCCAGGCAGCAAGAUUUUUUGUUGACCACCCGACGGGAUCUUCACAAAUGUCCCGAACUCAUGUACAAUGAAAAAAAGACAUCGGAUUAUAUUCAAAAGGCGCUCAAGAAGAACAAGAUUGCCUUUACCACCGGAUGGGGCGUCAAUACAUCCCCUGACCGGAUUCCGGGAGACGGAGGAUAUGGAAUUGUCGCGGACAUUGGAACACGGAAGGAACCCUGCGUGUUGCUUCGUGCGGACAUGGACGGUCUCCCCAUUAUGGAAAAGACGGUCGGCAUUGAUGAUUUCAUGUCGACCAAUCCUGGAGUCAUGCAUGCCUGUGGAAACGAUGGACACACGGCCAUGCUACUGGCGGCCGCAUCGAUCCUGAAGGGUAUGGAGCGUAGCAUCAAGGGAACGGUUCGACUUGUCUUUCAGCCUGCCGCCCAAGGAGGUGCUGGUGCCAAGAGAAUGGUCGAAGAAGGCUUGUUGACGGACGACCCCCAACCACAGCAUGCCUUUGCGAUGAAUGUCAACCCAAAGGUGGCUACUGGUAUUAUCGCGUCUCGACCUGGAACCGUCAAGGCGGCAGCCGAGCGCUUUGAGAUUACGAUCCACGGUGUAGGAGGCCAUGCGGCCAUGCCUCACUUGACGGUGGACCCCAUUGUGACUGCCUCCUCCAUUGUCAUGAACUUGCAAACACUAAUUUCCAGAAGCUUGAGUCCACUGGAAUCUGGCGUCUGCAGUGUCACCAAGUUUGAUGCCGGCAGCGCGUUCAAUGUGAUUCCAGCAUCAGCGGUCCUUCGUGGGACGAUCCGUGCCUUGACUACAGAGAUUCUAAUGGAUCUCAAGGGCAAGGUAGAACAGGUUGUCACCAGUACGGCCGAAAUGCACGGUUGCGAAGCUGGAGUUACCUAUUCUGUAGACUAUUAUCCUCCAACAGUGAACGACGAAGUACUGUAUGAAGAAUUUUCCAAAGAAAUUGGAGCCAUGUUGUCCGUGACUGGAGAAGUGGUCGAAAUUGAGCCAGGAAUGGGAGCGGAAGACUUUGGCUUUAUUUCGGAGGAAAUCCCAUCCAGCUACUUUACCAUCGGACAAGGCAGUGGAACCAAUCCACCGACAAACGUUGGAGUGCAUCACCCUCAUUUUGCGUUGGAUGAAUCCAUCUUGCCUCAAGGAGUAGAGCUUCAUGUCAACUUGGCAUUGCGCUGCCUUCACAUGCUUGGAGAGGUGGACUCGGACACCAACUGUUCGAUCCCGCAUGUAAUCGGAGUAAAAUAG